GAUUGAAGAGGCAUCUACUGUCACCAGGAGGCUUUAACCUGCUCCCUAUGCCCUGACUGAAACAUGUCACGGAUCAACUCCCAUUCAACACAUGCCCAUGAUGCAGUGAAAACCCUGCACUCCUUCUGACCCUGUGUGUAUCACCGUUAUCUGUAGGAUGUGAUACAGGAGAAUCACAACACAGUGUCUACCUGAACGUGCACAGGGUAUGAUAAAGCGGAUGUACAGUGAGCGGGUGAAGGCCAAACCCUGUUGACGUCGGGCUUGGCACAAGACAUCAACCGUGUAAAGCUGUGAUAUAAUCGCAAUUUGCCGUAAUGAAAUAUGUAUAGACUCCAGGCUCGCUCUCGCGAGGUACUGUUUUUUAUACAAACGAGUGGGCGUUCCAUGGCGUCACCGUACCAGGGAUAAUCUACGUCUUCUUCCUGACCGUACGUAGCACAUAUAACGUCAACAAUCGCGUUUGUAAUGCGCACGAAAUCAUAUUUUUUUUGCUUGACAACGUAGUUACAGACCAAAAGAUGUUUGGUAUGGAAUAUUUCACCGUGUAAUCUUGAAACACGUGAACAAUAACCUAAGCCUAUGUUACUUCUAAUGCAUUUUACCAUGUGAGAAGACAUGCAGGUGAAGUAUUUUAAGUGUCUGAUUUUGAUAAAUGUAUUUAAAUCCUAUAAAUACACCUGCGUUGUUUUGCGUAUUGCCACCGAAGACAUUCACAAUAUAAAUAUUACAAGUGACACGUUUAUUCUGUGAUAAGGCAAGAACAUAUUACAGAACCAUAUAUUGAACAUCAAACUACGAAGUGGACAUUCAACCCUCGUUGAUGAUUGUCCGAAAUCCUAUUCCACUAUAUGAUUGAAAAUUUACAACAAACCUUUCCCCACCAAUGAGGUUUACCGGAAGACGAUGGCUGCUAUUAAUAAACAAAGCCACGCACAUGCCGGUAGCUGUUUCAUAACAAAUCACCUGUGUGUUUAGAAUUCUCAUAAUGUGGACAAGAGUUCUGUUAACAUUAUUUAUAUCUACUUGGUUUCAAAUAUGUUCGGUGUUUAUAUUGCAUUGUCAAGCUGUUGGUGCCCCAGAGACAGAAGGAAUGUUUCGUCGUCUCCCAUGGUUGGAUGACAUCAGUACGAGUGAACCUUUGCAAAGAAAUUAUGGUGUAGCUGCAGCAGAUGUAGAUUUAGACGGUCAGAUUGAAUGGAUUGUUGCUGGUUUCACGGGACCAAAUUAUGUAUUAAAGUACAAUGCUGAACUGAAUGUAUUACAGAACAUUGCCAAGAACAACAGUUCUCUGAAAGGCCUUCUCGACCCCAAAGGCAGAGCUAUUGGUGUUUGUGCUUGCGAUAUUGAUGGGGACGGACGGGAGGAAAUAUAUUUCCUCAACACAAAUGAUGCAUAUGCAGGAAAGUCCAGUUACGGCGACAAGCUUUUUAAAUACAGAAAUGGUCAGUAUAUAAAUUUGUUUGAAGAUGAACCUAACAGAAGCUUGGACGCUAAGAAUUAUGCAGGACGCUCGGUCGCUUGUGUAGAUCGAUUUGGCACUGGUAAAUAUGCAAUUGCCAUUGCAACAUAUUCUGAUUCUGGAACUGGUAGAUUUGCACUUCUGGAAAUGGAUGAAUCUCACCCAAAUAAUAAUGUAGAAACUGGUUACAUUGUUGUCAGGAAUGUUGCAAAAGAGUCCAGAAUAGAUCGAUCAACUGGUGGUAGAAGCAUUGUUGUUGGACCCAUCCUAAAUAAUGAUGGGAGAAUGGACAUGUUCUUCGGUAAUGAAGGAAAUAGACAACUAAAUAACAAAGGAGAAAAUUUUCUAUUCCAGAAUCUCGGAAAUGGUUCUUUUGUUGAUGUGGCUGGAGUUGUUGGCAUUUCAGAUGAGAAUGAGAAUGUUAGAGGUGUGGCCAUUGCUGAUCUGAACCAUGAUGGUCUUGUUGACAUAGUUUAUGGAAACUGGGAAGGAAAGCAUCGUGUAUUUAUUCAGGAGAAGUCGUCUGGCCAAACCAAAUUCAGAAAUAUUGCUGUUGAGGCUUUAGAGGAACCAUCUUUAAUAAGAACAGUCAUUGUGGCUGAUUUUGAUAAUGAUGGAUUGUCUGAGAUAUUUUUCAAUAACAUAUAUGGAAUGUCAUCAGUACAACCAAAUCGUCUAUUUAGUGUUAAGCCCAGGAAAGAUGUAUACCCCUUAAUCACUUCGUUGAAUCCUGGGGAUGCAUUAGAGGAGGAUGGGUGUGGCACUGGAGGGGGCGUGGCUGAUAUUGACGGUGAUGGACAGCUAGAUCUUCUCUUGUCACAUGGAGAAAGUAGUGCACAGCCACUGCGUGUAUACAGUGCUAAUAUUGGAAGUGGAAACAGCUGGAUAAGGGUUGUUCCUCGAACCAAAUUUGGUGCACCUGCACGUGGUGCAUCAGUAUCCAUGGAAACAUCAAAUGGUGAUAAACAGCUGUCAGUCAUAGACAGUGGAUCAGGAUACCUGUGUCAAAUGGAACCAGUUGCUCAUUUUGGACUUGGAAAAGACACACCAGUAACAAUGCAUGUGACAUGGCCUGAUGGCAGGCGGGUUUCACGUGAGCUAACAGAGAAUGAUUCAAAUACUGUGCAUAUAAUUGAUCACCCAGAUUUUAUACCCCUUGCAGAUAUAGGUACGAGUGGGACAGUUAAUGUGACAUUAUCAAACACCAAGAUGCAUGAAGAACUAUAAAUGCUAAAUUAUUAAGAUCAGUAAGACUUAAUGAAUCCAUAUCAGAAGUGAGGACAAAUUAUUUCAUUAGCACCAUGCAAUAUUUAGUGAUGCUGAACAACAGCAUGUCCAUCAAAUUAAAAAACAAUGUUAAGCACUGGAUCAUGAUAAACUCUCCACUUUGUUAUGCACAUUAAUGUUUGUACACACAUUCAUUGUCUUUUCAUUUCAUAAUUAUGAACAAGAGUGAUUGUAAUCAGCUUUACAUCCAAAUAUAGAACAACAAAUUGAUAAAAGAUGAAAAUGUCAAUAAGCCAGUUGAAAAUACAAGAAAUGUGUAAUAAAGAGGAUACAUGUCCAACAGCUAUUUCUCUGAUGUGAGAGAAGGGAGAGCACUCUUAAUCUAAUGUUCAUCUACCUCAAUCACCUGGUCAAAGGAAAGAGGCAAACACUUCUAGAUUAAAUAUGUCAGAAAAGA